GCGGGGCUAGCCGGGUUUAGGGAGAGCUGCGGAGCUGGAGGCGCAGCUCCCGGAUUGCCAAACGUGCAGCCGCCCGUCCCUGGCUGGUCGCAGCCGUUGCGCUCGCCAUGGCCUUCGCCACGCUGAGCAAGGUGCUGCUCAGCGACAGCCUGGACCCCUGCUGCAAGCAGCUGCUGCAGGCCGGCGGCAUCCAGGCGCUGGACAAGCCCAACCUCAGCCGGGAGCAGCUGCUGGCGGAGAUCCAGGACUGCGAUGGGCUCAUCGUCCGCUCGGCGACCAAAGUAACCGCAGACAUCAUCCAGGCCGCUGAGAAGCUGCGGGUGAUCGGUCGGGCCGGCACUGGUGUCGACAACGUGGAUGUGGAGGCAGCUACGAGGAAGGGCAUCCUGGUGAUGAACACGCCCACCGGGAACAGCCUGAGCGCAGCGGAGCUCACCUGCGGGAUGAUCCUGAGCCUGGCUAGGCAAAUCCCCCAAGCAGCCGCCUCGAUGAAGGAGGGGAAGUGGGACCGUAAGAAAUUCAUGGGAAUGGAGCUUUAUGGGAAAACCCUGGGCAUCCUGGGCCUGGGCCGCAUCGGGAGAGAAGUGGCCACCAGGAUGCAGGCCUUCGGGAUGAAGACCAUAGGGUACGAUCCCAUCAUCACACCCGAGGACUCGGCUGCCUUCGGUGUGCAGCAGCUACCCUUGGAGCAGAUCUGGCCCCUGUGCGACUUCAUCACAGUGCACACACCGCUCCUGCCCUCCACCACAGGGUUACUGAACGACAGCACCUUUGCCAAGUGCCGGCGGGGGGUGCAGGUGGUGAACUGUGCUCGAGGGGGCAUUGUGGAUGAGGGGGCGCUGCUCCGGGCGCUGCAGUCUGGCCAGUGUGGGGGAGCCGGCCUCGACGUCUUCACCGAGGAGCCGCCCCAGGACCGCACCCUGGUGAACCAUCCCAACGUGAUCAGCUGCCCCCACCUGGGCGCCAGCACCCGGGAAGCACAGAGCCGCUGUGGCAAAGAAAUCGCCCUUCAGUUUGUGGACCUGGCCCAGGGGAAGGUGCUGGCUGGCGUGGUAAACGGCCAGGCUCUCAGCAGUGCCUUGGAACCUCAGACUAAGCCCUGGAUCGCCCUGGCUAAAGCCCUGGGUGUGCUGCUGCAGACAUUGGCCAGCCCGGUGAAGGGAAGCGUGCAGGUCUCCACACUGGGAGUGCCCUUGCAGAAGGCCGGGAGUUACCUGAGCCCUGCUGUGGCUACCGGCCUGCUAGAAGGAGCAGCACAGAAGGAUGUGAACCUGGUGAAUGGGCUGCUGCUUGUCCAGGAGGCUGGACUGAAGGUCACAACCACUCACAGCAACGCAGUGCCGGAACUGUACACCGGUGACAGCCUCCUGCAGGUCACCUUACAGGGGACCCCCUCCAGUCUAGUGGGCUCAGUCCAAGGCAGCACCCCCGUCCUGCAGGAGCUCAACGGAGCCAACUUCAAGCAGCCAGUUCCUCUCACUGGCCACCUGCUGCUCUACAGAGCCAAAGCUGCCAACGCCAGCACGCUGCCUGCAGUGAUCGCCUUCUGCUCUCUGCAGCUUCCUCUUCUGCUGCUGUAGACCCCAGGUGCCUUGUCUUAAGACCAACUGGACAGCAGGUAAUCGGCCACAGGUGCACUGGACACCACCCCCACCCACUCUUAAAGGGACCAGUCAGCCUGUGACAAGGAUUCAGCCACCAGUCCCAAACUGGAACAGAUGCUUUGCUGGACUGACAUGCCAACGUUCGCAACACCCCUGCCCUUGCCGAGUUUGGUUCAGACACUCUGUAAGUCAAACUCCUGUGCCAGUUUUCUUCAAAAGUGGUUUGGCUGGAGAUAUGGUUGAAAUUUAAAAACCAAGCCCUGCUUGAAGUCUAGGUGAGGCUGGCUAGAAGUGCUUGUUUAUACUACAGGCUGAGCUGGUGCAAGUGCCAGAGUUAAGGUUACAGAAACUGUUUCUAUUAGAAUCCUAUUUGCAUGUCCUUGUGCUUUUUGUGAUGCUCAUGUUAUGGGGCUGAACUAUUCUAGACUUGACCUCAGGGCCAUGCUUGAUUGUAGGAGACUAACCUACAUCUCUCCAGCCAUAUUCAAGUUAAGAAGGGGGGAGUUGGAAAAAAGUUUUGCCCAUUUUUAACAUGCUGAGAGGGCCUUGGCACCUCCUCUCUCUCCCUGAAAGAGAGAUGGUGCAAAAACAACUGGCCCUUUCCAUAGCACAUUUGUCACACAGCUCUUCCCUGUCAAGUCCACGCUUUGCUGGACUUUAGCAUAUUCUACUGUAAAAUGAGAGUUCGGACCAUUAGAAAACCUAGCGAGUGCAUAUACUGCAGAACACAUGCAUAAGGUGACCUGCAAGAGGGGCUGAGCCCUCGUUUUCUGGCUCCAUAGAGAAGGCCUGACAGCGUUUCUGCCUCUCCCAUCCCUAAAAAGGGGAGGCGUUCUGCAGCGGUACACCUUUUUGUGUAUUAGACUGCAAGGAGGAGCAAGCCUGCACAAGCCCUAGAGCAAGGGUGGGCAAACUACAGCCUGAGGGCCAGAUACAGCCUGCGAGCCGCACCCACACUGCUCAGCCCCCGCUGUGUCUGGGGGCUGGACCGCUCGGCCCCACUCCGGCCGAGACGCUGGGUUGGGGGCCACAAAACGCGGCUCUCGGAAGCCACGGCAUGGCCCUACUCCAGCUCCUACGUGCUCCAAUGGGAGCUGCAGCGGAUGGGGCAGUGUGCAGAACCACCUGGCCGUGCCUCUGUGUAGGAGCUGGAGAAGGGACUGCUCCGGGAGCUACUUGAGGUAAGCGCCGCUUGGAGCCUGCACCCCUCAGCCUCUCCCUACACCCCAACCCCCUGCCCCAGUCCUGAUCCUCCUCCCGCUCUCCACUAUCCUCGAUUCCAGCCCAAAUCACCCUCCUGCACCCCAAAUCCACCCCAGAGCCCGCACCCCCUCCUGCACCCCAACCCCAAUUUUGUGAGUAUUCAUGGCCCACCAUACAAUUUGUAUUGCCUAAUCUGGCCCUCGGGCCAAAAAGUUUGCCCACCCUUGCCCUAGAGAUUAAGCUGUGUAACGCUUUCCAUUAUACCUCUUGUUUUCAUUUGUUUAGAAUGUCAUCAAACUAACCCCUCAGGCUGAAGUUUCCCCAACUGGUCACUGCCACUGGUUAUUUUUUUGAGAAAAAAUUAGGUCAUCCUUUCAGAAUUAGGUUUAAAAAUCUUCUCAUUUCCUCUUAAUAUAUGUAUAAGUUUUAAACCCAUUUGAUUAUCACCAUCCUUGGCGCAGGAGCGUGACAAUUUGGCAUGGGGCAAGUCAUGCGCUCAGAGGUGCUGCUUCGUAUCCUCAUGGACAGCUGUGAUCGAGUUAGAGGCUGCAGAAAUUUACCAUUUGCACGUGCUCAGUAGAACUUGCUAGACACUUGCUCUUAGUCUCCUGGGCAUUCUAAGUGCACUGAGCUGGCUCCCAAGCUCCAGGCAGCCUCCUGCAUCAUUACCAAGCCGUUGCACAGACAAGCGCAGAAUUAUUUUUCCACCAUCGAAGUAUUCUUUGGCUAAGGGAAAGGUGGGCAAGGUUGCGAGCCUGGAGAAGACUGAGUUCUAAUCACAGCUCUUCCAGUGACUGGAAUUAGUUGUCUGCACUGCACAGCCUAGCCCUUAUUACAGAGCAAGAUCUCCUAGUGCUUGCUGAAGUGGCAGGGCAGGAACAUUCUCCUCCAUACCCAUUUUGCAAGCCUGGGAAAUCCAGAUCUCAAAUAUGGCAGAUCCCAGAAUCCUUCACUUAGCCAUACUGUCUCUCAGAUGGAAUGUGCCAAAUCUGUGUGCUGGACUAUGACGUCUACAAUAAGACUGACUCCUGCACAGCCAGCAUCACAAAAUGCUGGAGGAUGCAAUAAUGAAUGGACACCAUAUAAAUGCAAAGAAUAGUUAAACACAGCACUUAGCCGCCCCCAUCUCCUUCCAGAGCCAGGAAUAGAAGUCAGGAGUUCUGAUUCCCAGCCUCCUAUUGUCUAGCAAAGAGCUGUGCAGCCCACUGGUCCAGCCUGUUGCCUCCCCUUUAGGGGCUCACACACACAACCUGAGACUCCACAGCACUGUCUGAAGAACAGCCUCACCAGCAUGACCAGAUCAUUGCACCACCUGGUGGCAGUAACGCUGUCACCCCCCCACACACACACACACAGAUGAGGGCCUCUCAUUUAACUGUGGCUUUUGGUUUCCCUUCAGUGUGAUGUCGCUGUGUUUGCCUCCGCUAUUGAUAAUGGCUUUAUUUCUGUAUGCAAUAUAAAAGCAUAUGGAAUACAAAGUAGUACAGCACUACGCCAA